AUGCCUGCGGCAAGUUCGUCUUCAAACAAAAAACCACCAUCAAUGCGGGCGUUGACGGCAAGGUUGAAGGAAAUACAACUAUCCUUCAGCGAUAUUUGGCGGUUUGUACAAUCCUUCAAGGAGUCUAACACGGUUACUGAUAUCGAAGUACGCCUUGGUAAGUUGGAAGAAUUGUGGGAAAGCUUCAGUGAUACCUUUGUUGAAAUCCUAUCCCACGAUGACUACAACGCCGAAGGAUCGGCGUACGAGAAGGAGCGAAUGGAAUUCAGUGACAACUAUUACGAGGUCAAGACCUUCUUAAUGGACAAGGUCAAGGAGCUUCAGGAACCCCAGGUUUUGGAGCAGUCUCUUCGAGCAGGUGAUGGUUUGCCGCAUGGGACCUCAGACCACGUCCGCCUUCCCCAAAUUAAACUUCAAAUAUUCAAUGGUGACGUGGACGAAUGGUUGAGCUUCCGGGACUUGUUCACUUCGCUUAUACACUGGAAGGUGGACCUACCAGAGGUGGAGAAGUUCCACUAUUUGAAGGGGUGUCUUCAAGGGGAGCCUAAAAGCUUGAUCGACCCACUCCAAAUCACCAAAGCCAAUUAUCAGGUGGCAUGGGAAAUGCUGUUGAGGCGAUACAACAACAGCAAGCAAUUGAAGAAGCGGCAGGUGCAGUCGCUUUUUAAUCUACCUUCACUCUCUAAGGAAUCAGUCACAGAUCUCCACGUUCUCGUUGAAGGCUUCGAAAGAAUCGUGCAGACUCUCGAUCAGGUGAUUCAACCGGCGGAUUAUAAGGACUUGCUGUUGGUCAACAUUCUCACUGCUAGACUGGAUCCGGUCACUCGACGGGGGUGGGAAGAGGUCUCCGCUUAA